CCUUUUGGUUGGUACGUUUGUUGUUGGCAUGGCAACCAUACGAGACAACAAUGGUCAUGCCGGUGAGCUAGCGCGUUAUUUACAGUGGGAGUCAUGGUGGAGUACACUUUAUGGAGUUGAUUGAAUAGACAUUGAGGUGACAUAAAAUGUCAAAUGGGGAAUUUUUUGUUUGUGCCACAGGGUCUAUUGAAUCCGGACUGUUUUAUGAGAUUGAUAAUGCUUAUUGUAAGUAUCAAUAUCACUUUGGGGAUGAGUGGAGCAUUAUAGCGGGAAUUGAAGAAGGAAUCACUCAAAUGUGUAAAUGUACAAAUGACGCACGACGUCUUGCUGUGUGGAAUUUUCCUCUCGAUGUUACAUUCAAAUCGAUGAAUCCUUACGGAUGGCCUCAAAUGGUCUUUUCAAUUUACGGUCUCGACGUAUUUGGACAUGAUAUCGUGAAAGGAUACGGGGUAUGUCGUUUGCCCCUAACGUCCGGAAGACACGUAAAAGAGAUUUCAAUUUACGUUCCCGAGUCUUCCUCAAAACUCCAACAGUUUGCCGCUUGGCUGACUGGACGCAGACCCGAACUAAUUGAGCCCUCGAUACUGGCAUCGGGCAACGGCCGAGAGUUGACACGGAUGAGAGCCCAGGGAUCCAUAGAUGUGACAUUCAAUAUCGUUCUCAAAGAUUUUCAUAAACUGGGGUAUGAUAAUGGAGAAAGCGACAAAUAGAAGACCAAUUUAUUGAAUAAUUCAAUCAAUGCACAUACGACAGAUUAAUAAAAUAUUUUUAAAUACCGAAAUAAAUAUGGAAUACUUUUAAAUACAUGAGUUGCCCCAAAACUGACUUUGUAAAUAAAAACCCAAUAUAUUCUUGAAUAUAAUGAUUGUUCCCGACUCAAUCA